AUGACUUUGGUCUCCGUCCUCAUCUGGACUCUCCUCUGCUGCUGCUUCACAGAGUCCAGAGGCCAGGUCACAGUGACUCAGCCUGGAGCAGUGAGCUCUGAUCUGGGAGCCUCCGCCACCAUCACAUGUACCACCAGUCAGGAUGUUUAUGUUGGGAGCUACCACUGUUUAGCCUGGUACCAACAGAGAGAUGGAGAAACUCCUAAACUUCUCAUUUACUAUGCCACCACUCUACAAUCAGGGAUUUCCAGUCGUUUUUCAGGCAGUGGAUCAAACUCUCAUUUCACUCUGACCAUCAGUGAUGUUCAGGCUGAAGAUGCAGCAGUUUAUUACUGUCAGAGUGCACAUUAUAUCAACAGCCUGUGGGUGUGGAAGUUAAAUGCUGAGAUAGAAACUGUUUCAGUCAACACAACAGAUGAUUCUUCAGACAGACCUGUGUGGAGGGUCUCAUUUCCUUGUCUAAAGCUGACGUCUCGACCCAGGGACUGUGUUGGACUGGCUGAUUCCUUUAAUCUCUCCUCUGCUGUGGACGUGGUGUGUUCAGAUCUGCUGCCUCAGCCCAACAUCUCCCUGUCUGACGGGGUCUUUGAGGUCUACCGGCAGGGGUUCCGGGUGCUGGUGUUCUCCGACUUCACCGUCACCUGCUCCGUCCGACCGCGGUACCUGGGAGGCUCCUUCCGGCUGAUCUCCGACACCGAGAAGCCCCUGAACCUCACCCUGCCGGCCGUCAAUCACUCCGCCCACUUCCUGUUGUCCUCCAUGGGCUACGCCCACCGAGGGAACUACACAUGUGUUUAUCACGUGGACGUUUAUAACCGCAGCUUCACGUCGUCUCAGAGCCCCGCCCUCUAUCUGACUGUGGGAGACUUGGUGACAAAUCUGAUCAUCAGGGUGGUUGUGGUCCCCUUCCUCCUGAUCACAGGGACCAUCUGCCUCUUCUUCUACUGUCGGGCCAGUGGGGGGCGGAGCCAACUGAAGGCACGCAACACACCAUGAGAGACACCGACACAGUCUACGAACACAGUCUACGAACAAAGUCUAUGAACACAGUCUACGAACACAGUCUAC